AUGGGGGCGGAAGUCAUGUAUACAAGAGUCGACGACAUAUCAGAGAGCAGAGAGGCUCUACAAUUACCUCUCGCCUCACCAAAGCAACGACUAACCAGACGCUCUAUGUUCGGACUCCAAAUAUUCCUUUUCAUCGGUGCCGUCACAUUUUUCGUCAUGCUGUACAAAUCUUUUGCUUUUGGUGCCGUGGUUGGUUGUGUUGGUGGUGCUGUUGCUUCUUCUGCUUCGAAGUCAUCUUCCAACAACCACGACAUCCCCCAGUAUUUCCAAACCAAGCCGGAGCUCUUUGCUGGUCCAACUCCGACUGGUACCGCUCCGUUCUUAGCACAAAUUAAUCCUGCUCCUUUCGCAGGUGCAUCUUACAUCCCAAACCAACCUCUAGAGACCCAGGUCCCCAUCGCUGGUAGCAAUGGCUCAAACAUAUUCCGAAAUAUGGGCCAAUUGUCACCUUACUUUCCCAACCCAAAAGGCUUUGGCGUGGAUGAAUACUCAUUACCACCUGGUGCCGAGAUCGUCCAACUGAACAUGCUAUCCCGUCACGGAUCAAGAUAUCCCACUACUGGCAGUGGAGCUCAUCGAUUCGGUGAAAAGCACCAGAACAUGACAGAUGCAAAGUUCACCGGUGAACUUUUAUUUCUCAAUGACUGGAGUUAUCAACUAGGCGCAGAAAUCUUGGUUCCUAUUGGCAAGCAAGAGUUGUUCAAUUCUGGCACUUUGCACUACUAUCAAUAUGGUCAUCUUUAUCCUAACAAUGGAUCCAAGAUUAUCGCUAGAAGUACGACGCAGGAUCGCAUGACCAAGUCUGCAGAGUACUUCUUAGCCGGAUUCUUUGGCUUGGAGUGGACCAGUAAUGCAACCUUGGUCCUUGCUAUCGAGGAACCGAACGGUGUAUGGAACAAUUCGCUCGCUGGGUACUACAACUGCGCCAACAGCAACAACUUCCGCAGCGCAGGGGGCAACAACGCCACAGUAGAAUGGUACACCAAAUACCUCGCCGACGCAACCAUCCGCCUGCGAGGCCUCGCAUCAGGUUUCGACUGGACGGUAGAAGACUCUUACAACGCCCAAUCCCUCUGCGCCUACGAGACUGUCGCUUUCGGCUUUUCACCUUUCUGCUCCCUGUUCACCUACACCGAAUGGCAGGGAUAUGAGUACAGCAUCGACAUCCAAUUCGCAGGCGGCAAUGGCUUCCAAUCGCCCACUGGCCGCGCCAUUGGAAUUGGCUACGUUCAGGAAAUUCUUGCUAGGUUGCAACAUCAUACCAUAAACGCUCCUGAAGCGCAGGUGAAUGUGACGUUGGAUAACAACACUGUGACGUUUCCGCUGGAUCAGAGUCUCAAUUUUGAUUUCAGCCAUGAUACGAACAUCAUGAGUAUCUUGACGGCGUUUGGGUUCAAGCAGUUUGCCAAGUUUUUGCCGAGUGAUGGGAUUGUGGAUCGCGAGUUGGUGGUGUCGCAUUUGGAACCAUUUGCCGCACGUCUGGACAUGGAAAUCAUCAACGCGCCUUCUCCAGUCAAGACUUCCCGUAACAACGACAACCUCUACGACGAAGGCAAACCCACAAAAUACAUCCACUUCAUCCUAAACCAACGCACCAUCCCCCUCCACCGCAGCUUCCCCAAGUGCGAAGAACGCGACGAUGGAUGGUGUGAACUCGACACUUUCCUAGAGGUUCAGAGCAAAAGUCUCGAAUUGUCGCAAUACGAUUGGGCUUGCAAUGGUGAUUAUCCUGCUGUGCCGUAUGGUAAUGUCACGGAUGGUGUGCCGGUGCAGGGUCCUUCUUGA